AUGUUCGCAGCAGCUGCGUUGCCUUCGCGGUUCCAUGGCGCAGCGUUCCGCAGCCUUCUGCUCGCGGCGAUCAACGCCAACGAUGCCGAGAAGACCGCGAAGUUCGCGGCGGGCUUUUCUAAGCUGCUACCCGAUGGCUCCUGCUCGAUGACUACACAAGAAGAGCGAGACUCGGAGCCACUUCCACCGUCGGGUGCCGAAGUCCUGGGGCGCCUGCUCCAAGUGGAAGACUUGACCGAGUGGCUGGCAGCUUUGGAAGGUGGAGGGCCGCUGGGAGAGACACUGCAGCAUCGAUGCGCGGUGCAUGCUUCGAGACACUUCCGGGAAGUGGAAAGGGCCUUGUCGAAAGCAUUGUCAUCAUCACUUCCGGUUGAAGAUGCAGCAACGGUGAGACAGCAAGCGCUCCAAAGACUGGCGCGGUGCCCGGAGCCACUGCGGACGGAGCUUUGGCUUCGACGCUUGGAGGAAGGCGCCUCGCCGCAAUCCGAUGCCCUUGGUUGCGUCGAUCUGCGCAGCGGCCUGCUCGCCGCGGCGCGGCAGGGCCGGCCACGUGCGGCGCUGCGCUAUCUCCGCCGGCUCAUGGGGCCACUGCAGGCCCUUCGAGAGGAGCAGAGCACUGCCGGACUAUUGGACCAGAUCAGUCUGAUUUUCCUCGCGUGUGAGCGUGGCGGCGAAAGCAGUUUGGCGGAGCAAUGGCUUCAGCGUAUCCGAGCAGCAGGUCAUGCACCAACUGCAGAGCAUUUCUGGUACUCCAUGAAAGCUUUUGCCAAGAAGGGCUUGUCCAGGGAUGCAGAGAGAUGUUUCCGUGAAAUGCUCCGCUGCCGCCUGCAAGCAACUGAGAUGGAGUGCACAAUGAUGAUACGUGCUUCUGGGAAGCUGGGCGAUUCUCAACGUGCACUUGCUUGGCUGACGCGGAUGCACGCUGUUCAGUUGACUGUGGAUGUCUUUGCCUACAACGCUGUGCUCGGAGCAUACUCAAUGGAGGGAGAUUUCCGCUCUGCUUUGAAUCUGGUCAAGGCUAUGGAGUCUGGAAUUCUGCACAGCAUCAGGCCAGAUGCCGCCAGCUAUGCAGCAGCUGCCAAUGCUUGCACGUCCUCGGAGUCCCGACGAAGGCAUCACCUCGCGGAUCUUGCCGAGCAGCUGGUUGAGCGCAGCCGAUCCGCCAUGAUGGAGGUGGAUGGUGCCGUGUACCGAAGGCUCCUGCGGCACAGUGCAAGGCAAGGGGAUGCAGAGCGCGUGGGACGUUUGCUCAGCCGAAUGGCAGCCUUGUGCACAGAUCCCGGUCCUUCGGCCAUCCUGGAGGCCUUGUCAGCGUGCAGCACGGCACCCUUUCUGGGCUCAGCCGGCAACCUCCUCGAGAAGCAUCCCAGAGGAGCUCUCUUGUUGGCACGGCCUUUCGUGGAGCUUGGCGACUGGCGUCGGGUGCAGAGGCUUGGUCGAGACACUGAGACGGCUACGGCGAUGCAAGGCGACACGGUUUCUGUCUGGCCAAUGCUGCGACUGAUGGCCCUUGCUGAAGCCGUUCCGAGGAAACGGCAGAAAUGCCUCGAAGCCGCUGCAGACUUCCUGCUGGCGGGAGGGCAGUUGUCAGCCAAGGACGAUAAUCCUUGCUCCGCCGCAGCGGUGCUGCUGCGACGUGGCCUUGGUGGUCGUGCCGUUUCGCACAGGCACCGCAACGCAGCUGGACACAGCCCACUACGAAGCUUCAGGCAAAGCCAUCUUGGCUGUGCUAGCCGAGUGAGCGCUGCACUAGAUGCUGAAGAUCCGAAGCAGGCAGAAGUUUGGCUGCGCAGGUGGAUGCAAAUUGUUGCAUGCCUUCCUCGCCUUACAGAGGUCUCGACGGCGGACAGCACAGGACCCAGAAGACGGAGGAUAGUUUCAUGGAGGGACCACGAAGUCUCGCCGUUAAUGCGCCGACAGGAAGAUGUGAGACGGUCCAUGCAGGACAGAGGCAACACCGGCAAGCCAAGCCCCCAGCAGAGAUACCGGGAAUCUGCAGAGGAGCGCGGGUUGGCAGCAGCCGCCCGGCUUGCCGCAGCAGUCGCAGCUGCGACAAGCCAUCACCCCGCUCCAGCCGUGCAAGCACACGCAUCUGCGGAGAAUUUUCGACUUCGCCGUCACAGCACUGGAUGUCGAACGGCACCAGGACAGCCAACGCCGUCGGUGCGACAGGCAUGGACCGAUGACCGGCAGGAUGCCAAAGAGCGCCCUCGCGAGGGCCCUCAGCCGGAGAUGCGAGCGCGCGAAACUCGCCAGCCGCGCGUCGCGCCGGGCGAGGUCGCUCCACGUGUUGACACAUCCCCGCUGCGGCCACGCCUUGCACGUGCGCAAAGCGCGCGACGACCCACGAGACCUUCAGCUCCCGCACGGGCGCGCAGUGCCGACCCUCGCCGGCGUCAGGAAGGAGCCUUUGGCGGCUUUGUGCCCGAGCGAAGGGAGGAGGCAGAUCCGUCGCUCCUGGAGGACCUUGCGAAGGCAGAGAAGCCAAGGCCAUCCGGUCCAGUAGGCAUCCCAAGUCCCAGGCUCCAUGGGGCACAAGCCGCUGGGGCACGUCGCAGCACCGGGCAGAUCCUUACUGCCACGGUCGCAGCCGUGGCAUCACGCCGUGCGAGCACGGGCAGCAUGUCCAUCAUGGAUCAGCAGCCAACACCGUUCAGGAGUUUGAGCAGCAAAAUCUUCUCCGGAUCGUAUUCCGUGGCCAAGUUCUUGGGCCGAGGCGCAUCUGCCAGCGUUUGGGAGGCUGUACGGAGUGACAACGAGCAGCGAGUAGCUGUGAAGGUUUUCGACCAAGGGCAGCGGGACAAGCGCCAGGCCCAUCGAGAGAUGAAAGUGCUAUCGAGGGUGCGACACCCUCGUAUUGUGGAGGCCUUUGAGGUUAUCGAGACGCCGCGCUAUGCGCAGUUGGUGUGCGAGGCUGAGGCCUUUGACGACUUCGGAUUCCAGAUGUUAGAAGCAGUUCGGCACAGCGUGUCAGAGAGAACAAGUGUCGUCGUCGCUUCUGCCGCUGAGGGGGUGAAACGGGCACGUGAAAAGAUUGGUCGACCUGCCAACGCGAUCGAGUUUGAAGCGCAGCUCGAAAGUCGAGCCAAAUCGACUCGUACACUGGCCGGUAUUGUCGAGAUGCACAAGUCCUGGGUCCAGAGCAUCUCAGCAGGCAACAAGGAGGGGCCGCGGGUGGUGUCUGGGGACCACGAGCUUGGAUUCAAGGAAAUGUUCCUUCAGAGUCGCGCAUUGGAAUAUUCCAUGGAGGUCAUUGUUUCGGAGCCUUCAUUGCGAGAGCAAUACGUGGACCCGCCGAACCCAGACGACAAGACCUCCGCCAUCGCAUGCCUGUACGAGCUUUUCUCCAAAACUUUGGCGUUUCCAGCUUCUCAGUGGCAAGGCUUGAUACGAGUGGCAAUGACUGAAGGGUUGCCACGCGAGGAGCAAGCCACGUGGCUUACGACCGCCAUCACAGCGAUGAAAGCUGACUGGUGUCUUGUGGCAAGCACAUCGUUCGCGACCAGACAGGGAAAUUCCUGGGCGACACCGGGCCGGCUGCAAGGAUGCUUGUCCAUGUCGCUCCCACAGCGACCAUUGGCACAUCGUCAAGCAGAGACCGGCAAGGGCAGACCUGGAUGUCGUCAGACCAACGGUCCAGUCUUUGGAGGGCUGCUCGUGAGGAAGGCAUGUCUGUGUUUCAUCUUCCUUGUCUUAAGCACGAUGGGGCCGAUCCUCUUUGACUGGGUGAAACGCGGCAAUUCUGGGAGCUUUCCCUUCUCCGUGCCAGCGCUGGUUUUCAAUGCCUGGGCGAUUGAUGCUUUCGUAGGCUUUUGCUGGGCUGUGACCCAGGGCUCCAAGAGCGUUCAGCUCCUAUGGCGCCCGGAUAUGGUGUGGCGCUUCUUCAUUACCACCUCUUUAUUCGUGGCUGGUGACAUGCUCAGCUUCAUGUCGAUCGAGCACCUGGAUGUGGGCACUUUCAGCCUGGUUGGGAAGGCGCUGGCCAUCAUUUUGACAGUCCUCUUGUCCAGACUGGUUCUGAAGAAGGGCCAAAGCCUGCAGCAGUACUCCCUGGUGGCUGCCGUCGCAGUGGCGACAAUGUUUUUCUGCCAAUCCGAAGUCCAAGCACGCCAGGCAACCAACCUGGCCAAAGUCUUAAGGAGCCCAACGCAGGCUUCGAUGUCUUGGUACUUGGGCCUGGCUGAACGAUCCACUGCAGUCUUUCUCACAUCAUUUGCGGCCGUCUUGCAGGAGCAGCUGCUCACGAAUCGGCCCGGAAUUCCGUUUAUGGUCCAGCAAAGCUGGAUGAGCUUGGCUGCAAUGACUCUAAGCCUUCUCACUUUGAGGUUUGUGCAUGGCCUGCCUUUCUCGGCAUUGACGGAGGGCUUCGGGCACUGGCGAGUCCUUGUGCUUCUCUUCUCCUACGUCGCUAGCGGCCUCACCACUGCGCUGAUGGUGAAAAAACUGGGCGCCAUCGCCAAGUCUCUUUGCGUCCCGAUUUACCUGGGCUUCUGCUAUGCUUAUGCCGUCUACACUGGCUCUGCAUCGUUGACACUUCAGGUCCUGGCAGCCUGGACGGCGAGCACGGCCUGCAUCCUGCUCUACGCCAUUUCCAAGAUCAAGGCGCCUCAGAGCGAGGUCUUGAACGAGCGAGCAAAGCGAGCAGAGCAACCGACCCCCAGUGCGGCUUCGCCCAUGGAUCCAUCGCCGGAAAGCACCUCGCUAGAGCGCCAGCGCAGUGAGGAUCCGGCAAACACCUGUGAAACUGCCUUCGGGCGUGGCGUUGCCUUGCCCUUGACACCAUCAUCUGCAGAGACGGUCAACGACACAGAUGCGAGCGCAGACGGAUCUGAAUCUAAGCGUGAGAGUGAGGAGGUUCUCUACACGGAACGCAAGGAGUUGGCCUUGCGGGCGGAAUUCCUGAAACAGGAACUAAAGCAGCUGGAAGCCACUGAUGCUGAAGAGGCAACCAAGAAGCGUAUAGACACUUCUGCGCAAUUGUUGCGCACCUACGACGCGGUCCGUCAGAAUCUACAGACAUCGCAGGCCCAGAGGGAUGAGGUGAGGCAUCUUCGAGAACAAGAGCUGUUGGCUUUGCAGCAGCAGAUCCAGGCACGAAUGGUUGGUUUGCAAAGCUUCGCGGACAGUUGUACUUCUCAGCAAAGGGAUCUCGAGGGAGAGCUCAAUCAGUCGCAAGACAGUAUCAAGCUCCAGCUUCAGCACAUGGACGAGGUUCGGGCCGGCAUUGACAAGGAGAUUGAUGAACUGGAUGAAAGAAAGCGCCAGCUCAGGAUCGAGUUGGACACAGUCUCCCGCCAGCUGGAUGAGGCGCGAAUGAAGCAGAAACAGCACAUGGAAUCCUGCGAUCGGCAACGGGCUGAGUUCUACCACACGAAAGCCGCACUGAAGGAGAAGUUGGAUGCGGCAAACACGGAUGGCGCUGCCAAGGCCAAGGAGAAGGAGCUGCUGGACCAAACGAGGCAGCUGAUCGAAGAGACGAGCGUCGCUCUCCAGGCCACAGUCCGCGAGCAGACGGAAGAGUUAAAGCAGAAGCAGGCCGAGUUUCAGAGCCAUUUCAAGUUGCUCUUACUCGAUCACCUUCGUUACGCAGAGGGAAGAGCGAAGGACCUGCAAGCCGAGGCCCAGAAGGCCGUGGCAUCGCAGGACCCCGGCGCCAAAGAAGCAGCCCGGGCAGCAGCACAGGGAGCUGCAGAUGCGCUUGACGAGCUCUGCAAGGACAUUGAUUUUCUGGGCGACUCCAGUGUGAAGGCACAGCUUGAGAACCUGAGAGUCGCACACAGUGCCACCCUGGCCCUCCUCGGUGCGCCAGCCAGCGCGGCUUCCGCACCGGCCACCGCCACCGCCUCGUCCGCAGCGGCGGAGGCGCCCUAUCCGUCGCAGUCUGCAGCUCAGUCCUCGCAACAGGUGCCGAUCAUUUGA